CCGGAUCAUCCCCGCACUAUACAAGUGAGAAUGCAGUGUUAGUCAUAACUGUUGAUAUAAUAGUCGACGAUGAAUGCAAACCGCAAUAAGGCAGCAAAUUGCUCGCUACUUAGUCUACUUAAUUGUAAUCCGGAUGUUCCAAGAACUAUAUUCUCUGCCCCAACUGCUGCGCUCACAACGCUUCGACUGGCUGUCACUCGUAAAAGACAACAAGAAUACUCUGGUGAUGCUUGCUGCUUCAUUUGCUGUCCUCUGGGUUACACAGACGGAGAAAUUAAUUUCUGUUGAAGAAUUUACUUGUUUGUUCGUCGCUUUUCUUAUCUGCCAGUACUUUUUGAAGGAACGGAAAUCCCGAACAAUAAACUAUGGCGUCGGCAUGGCGUGCAGUUACUUCGAAGGUUAUCUAAAACUCAUCAUACCCAAUGACGGAACCCAGUCAGGAGGCGGCUUCGAGCACAAGAUUCAACAGUACGAGGCCUCGCAGGGAGUGGUGUUUCCCGUGAGGAUGUUGCUCCUGGUCAUCACCAAGUCGCUGUUCUGUCCACCUGAUAUGAACCAUUUUAACAACAGAAACAGACCUGAUUUGCCUUAUAUGGAAGCCAUGAGUCGGCGUGUGAGACGACAGAGUGUCCCUGGUCCGCAGCCGCUGACGGACGUGCUGCGCGACGUGGCGGGCGUGAAGAACCGCCAGUACCGCAACUCGCCGUACAAGAUCUACCGCCGCGGGCGCCUGCCCGUGUGCGUCAUCGUGGAGUUCGCCACGCCGCUGCACACGCUCUACCAGGUGCUGCACAACAGGGACCUGUACGACGAGCUGUGCGAUGUAGACCAAGCGGAGCUGAUGCGCGACUUCUGCACGCAGCUCCAAAGCACCAUCGAGCGCAGCCCGGACACGCGCGGCCGCUGCACGCUUAUUGAUUUCGACGAUACGGAUGUUAAUGCCAACCUAGCGAGCGUAAUCCUGGACAAGAUCGCCGAACUAGAACCGAAUUUCGAGGAAAUCCUCAAGCUACACGAAAAUAAUUGUUCUUUUGACGUACUGGAACUUUAAGUUAUAGAAGCUCGUCGGCUUCAAAACUCAUUUUUCACUUUUCUAAUUCUGUAUUUUUAAGUCAAGCUUGAUCGUGACUAGUACUAAGCAUUACUAAUAAACUCUGUACAUGCUCAAGUCGUUGAGACUGGUGUCAAUUUGUUUUAUAUGGAGAAUCCUUUUUUUGAAUAAGUUGUCUUAUUUAGUAAUAAAAAAAAACAUGUCUACUAACAUCCGUAUGAAGUGGAUGGUUUUGCGUGUAACAUCUCUUUUUUUCUUUUUUUUAUUAUGGUGUCAUAGAACGAAUGCCCAGUACAUAAAAUUACAUAUUUAAUCAUUUCACUUAUUCUAGUUUUAGUACAAUUGUGUUUAUGUAACAUCGAAUGCUUGAUAACGACUGUAAAAUAUUUCAGAUUUCUAAUUUAGGGCCAUUUACAGAUCUCGUUCUUUUGAAUGUUGUAUUACAAUGACGUCGAUUUUGUGGCGUAGUUUCCUAAGAGCGGCAGCUAGUCUUAAAAUAUUACCACCGAAAUGAUCUGAAAGAUCGAAAUGACUAAAACACACAAGUUGAUUGAACGCAACUUUUUUACCAACACUCCGCUGUCCCUAUUUUUAAAUAGUUUUUUAUUUAAUUGGCUAACGUUUAAAAACCUGACAUAAGCGUUAGUAAAUUAUUUUUCUUGUCCAAUAUAGACAGAAUCGUGCAUUAAAAUAGAAGCAUUUUUUUUUAGUUUUAAGUCGGUUAUUAUCUCUAUGUUAGUGGCAGAGCCAUGUUUGCUUAUAAAGCUUAAAACUCGUUUUCAUUUGCAAGAGACUUGUCUGUGUACAUCUCGUAAGUAUUAACUUGAGACUACACUUGCUCUGCUUCCGUCGAUCUCGUCAUCAAUUGCUAAAUGUAAGAAAGAGCAGAGUCUAAAGUAUAAAUUUGGUAUUUGCAGGUUGUUUAUAGAUUUCUAAAUCAGAUGAAAUCGAACUUGUAUGAUAGCUGACAUGUACCAAAAAUAAUUUUAAGAAUUAAGAUUAAGACCUACUUCAAAUUAUCAUUUCAACUUAACAGACUUAUGUGAUGUACAUUUAUUAUUUCACAGUAUGACUGUUGACUAUGAUACGGAUAAAAAACAACUAAUUUCUAUGAAUUAAGGGUCGUGUUAAUAAAUCCGUCUCAAGUUCGUCAUAAAAAAAUGACAUAAGUUACUAUUUUAUUCAAUAAUUAUCUCAAGUUAAUAACAUGUAUAAAAACAUUUCUUUUUGUUGGUAAUCACUUGAGUGACAUUGUGAUGGUAUCAGUCAAGAUGUCGUUAACUAUUUAAUAAUAGACGAGUGCUUGAGAUCUGAGGGAAAACUCGGUCGAUGCGCUAGGUUCUUUAACCCAGGUCUAUUUGUGGCAACACACCAAUAGUCAAGCUAGCUUCUUAAGGUGCUUUUCCACCAGGGAGGCGAGACGAGGAUGGAAAUUAGUAUGGCAAAAUUUCAGUCUAAUCUCCUAGCGCAUCUUCGGUAGAAAUGGCCGGUAUUGACAAGGAUGUGCGAAACGAGAAUAUAAAUAUUUAUUGAAGUAAUAUUGACCCGUAUUGCUGCCUACGUAGAGUUUAUUAACAAUGCAACGGAAACACGAUGUCUCUUGAGUGAGCGAUGGCUAUUAAUCGCGAGAUUGUGGGGUCCGUACGAUUUGAAAUUUAAAAAAAGAUUGCUUCAUCUGAUUCUUCUUCCGUUACCAUGUUUAAUAAUAAUAAUUAUUUAAGAUGUAUGUUACUAGCCGCGUGUUCAUCCAUAGACGAACUGAACAGCACUGAAUCUUCAUAAUGCACAGCCACAGCGCGAACUCGCGAUGACUAUUAAUAUUAUGUAAUACUACGAGUUCGCGGUAGCUAUAAUGGCAAUUUUUGGUGGAAAUAGACUGGCGGGUUUUCAAUUCUCGUCUCGCUUCUUUAAAAGCACCUUUGACGUAUAGGAUUAAUUUUUAACUCUUUUAUAUAUGUUUGUAACAUUAACUAGAAUUAUUGGCUAUUUUAUUACAAGUUUUUUGGAUUU